GCGGAGUAAGACGUGUUUACUAGUAGCUCCGACCGAGGAAUUACAGUGUCAAUAAUGACCGGUAUAAGUCCCUUUAUUUCCCUUGGGAGACAAAAAGAAGCAGUGACCAACGAUAUUGAACUGAAGGGAUGUGACAGUUACUUGACGUGCGAUUAUUAUUUUUUUUCCUUCAUUUCUACCGAUUUCAUGGAGAUAUCCGUAAAAAAUCAUCUUCAGAAAGAGCUUAAUGUCUAUGGAACUACUGGUCUAGUGGAGCCCAUCUGGAAUACGGACUAUCAUCGUCAGGAGGGGGAUGUUCUCUCCAAAUUUCAACUUGAUAUCUCAAUUUUGACCAAUUCUGGAGAGCGAACAAGGAUUUUUGUGAAAAAAGAACCAGAAAAUUGCACGUAUCCCAGGAACUUUGUGAGGGCAGGUAUAUGCGUUCAAUCGAUCUACAUAGUGGCUAUCGAGAAAAAUAUUUUGACAAAGCCAAAAGCCAAAUUGGUUGCGACAUGAAAUGCAGAUUGUGACAUCGAUCUGUUCUCUAAUGAAAUCAAUAAAUUAAAAAACUCUAAACUAAAUAUUACACACAAAUUUAUCGUAAAUACUAGAUAAGAGAUCUAGAACUCCAACCGCCACAUUUCAGGACAUAUCAAGCGAAAUAUACCUCUGAUAUGGUAUAAAUAAAUCAUAUGGAUUUGAGUAAUGUCAAUAAUGAAAAUAAACAAAACGUAAAAUCGCACUAGAAAAUUAAAAUUAUUUCAUAACAAAGGAAACAAAAUUUUCUUUUUGAUA